AUGGUCGCCGCACCUCCAGAUGGCUUCGAGGAAUUGCCGGAAAAUCGAAUGGAUCGGCAGUUUGGAAAGGGCAAAGUAGAUGGUGCUGAGAAGAAAGGAACGUUUUUGAAUGGCGAUGAACUUCAUCAGCUGAGACACCAAGUGAUGGCGAUGCGGUUGGAACUGCAAGAAGCAAGAAGGACGGGAACUGAGCUUCUUAUUCGAGAGCUUGAAAAAUCCAUAAGAAAUGCUCAGCAAUUGGAUGCCGAAUGGAUAUGGGCGGUCGAAAAUGAACGUCAAGUCAAGGCGGAGGAAAAGGGGCGAUUUCACGAAGCAGAGAAGCAUAGAAAGCUGGCCAUGGAAGCGAGGAAUGCGCUGCCACAGUUUGGUCUGGAGGGUCUCUGGGUAGGCAAAUAUGGAGAAGAACAAGGAUACGAAAUGAUCAACGUGACAUAUGCUAGAGACGUCCUUGUUGCAACAAAAGUGACUGGAUCAAAGAAUGUACCAAAAGGGCAAGUGACUUUCGAAGUCGACUUGAAUCCCAGAGCUGAGAGAGAAAUUCUUGAACCAAUCAAGCUUGGGGAGAGCGCAGCAAGACAAUGGGGUUCUAAAUACUUGCAACGUUUCCUCGGUAAAGGGCAAAUCAGCGCAGCAGGGUUCGAGGACUCUCAGUUUGUGCAGGGCAACCUAAUACUCGUGAACGAAUAUUUCAGUUUUGCAUGGUUGCCUAUAGGCCACCAAGUGUUCUUUGGCCGUCCGACUCCUGGACUUGUUCUCAAGCUUCUAAAAGAUGAUCAGAACCAAUCGGAUGAGCGGCAGUUCCUAGAAAAGUGUUGGGACGAAACUCACCAUAUUGACGAUCAUCGUGAGGUGCAAUCUCCGUCGAAUGGUUUUCGACGGGCGUUCAGUGCAAAAUCAAAUUCAGAGAACCACGUGACUAUUUACAACUCACUGUCGAAGGAGAUCGAAAGGAUUCCAGAGUCGAGCAAAGCAAUUGCUUGGUAUACUUGUGGUCCGACUACAUAUGCACCUGCGCACUUGGGCCAUGCUAGAACCUACGUAUGUAUUGACAUCAUGCGAAGGGUACUAGAGGCGCACGUUUCGAAGCCUCCAUUGUUUACGAUGAACAUAACAGAUAUUGACGACAAAAUAUUAAAAGCUGCAAAAGAUAAUGGGGAGUCUCCCCUUGAUUUAGCUCGGAGGUAUGAGCGCGAAUUUUGGGAAGACAUGGACUCGUUGAACUGUCUCCGACCACAUGUUGUGGCUCGUGUAACAGAACGAGUUGAAUCUGAUAUUGUCCCUUACAUAGAGACUCUGCUUGGCAAAGGAAUGGCAUACGAGACAGAAGACGGGGUCUAUUUUGACGUCAAAAAUUUUAGUCUUAACACCUUCUCGAAAUAUGGGAAGUUAUCGCCACAUGCAACAACCGAACAGGCUGCUGAAAUAGAAGUUUGCGAUGCCAAUUUGAAGCGAGAUCAGAGAGAUUUUGUGUUAUGGAAGAAACUGAAAUCCACCGACUCGGUUUGCUGGGAGGCGCCAUGGGGAAAAGGUCGACCAGGCUGGCACAUUGAAUGUUCUGCAAUCAUUGAAUCGAUUCAACAACAGUUCGAAGACACACAUCAUUUCAGCGUACAUGCUGGUGGCGUAGAUCUGAAGUUCCCACACCACACGAAUGAAAUCGCACAGGCUGAAGCCUAUAGAGACGGUGAAUGGAUCAAUCACUGGGUGCAUACAGGACAUCUUCACAUUGACGGCUUAAAAAUGAGCAAGUCCCUCAAGAAUUUUAUUUCGAUUCGCGACUUUCUCGGAAAGUACGACGUGUCUUCGUCCGUGGAAAGCCCAGGUGACGACUUUCGACUUUGGUGCCUUGGCUUGUCUGGGCCAUACCGAGCCCCAGCUACGUUCUCUGAGAGCCGGCUAUAUGAAGCUCGCAAUAUAAGGCAAAAGAUUUUGCGAUUCCUUUAUGGAGGAGAAGCAUGGCUGGCAGCUUCGAAUGGUGAUGUCAAGCUGUGGAAUGAUAAUGAUUUUGAGAUUCAUAUGCUCUCGUUGGGAGCAAAACGCACUUGCACUUUGGCUCUUCAGAAUGAUUUCGAUGGAUCGGAAUUUCUCACUGAACUGAUGAGAGUAAUUGAGGCAGGAAACAUAUACUUUACCAAUAGACCCAACGGGCCCACCGAAGUCGUACGGACAGCACUUGGCAAUGUUCGCGAACUUUUGCGCCUGGUAGGUUUUUCAAACAAGACAACUGACGCUGGGCUUGGUCAUGAAAACAGGAGGGCUUCACUUGAAAACAGCAACAACCACCAGGAUGCUGACAUGUUGGUUUCGUUGAGGUCAAGGAUGAGAAAGAUAGCACUGGAUCAAACUUCGAGGGAUCAAGUGUCAAACGAUCUGUUGGAACUCUGCGAUGAACUUAGAAACUCGAUGCUCGACCAAGGAGUAGAGAUUUUAGAUAGCCAACAUGGGGAAUCCGAUGGAUGGCGCCCUUGUUUGCCCAAAUCAGUGAAAAAACAGACGAUGCAAUCCGGCAGCAGCAACAAAGGGCAGCAAGUCGAGUUACACACAGUUCCACUUGGAGAUUUAUUCAAAGCAGGAAUAUACGAAGGGCAGUAUUCUCAAUUCGAUGCCAACGGUGUCCCAACUCAUAAUGCUGAUGGAUCCAAGGUCUCGACACGUUUGAUGAAAAAGUUACUGAAGAAGCGAGAGAUUCACACAAAAAGACUUGCGCAAAAGAUUAAAGAAAAGUAG